AUGGAUUUCAAGCACCAUGGCAGCGACUACGCCAGUAACACUGUUUACGGCGGCAAAGUUCAGUUCGGCGAUAGCUACAACUUCAAUUCACAGAGCGAAGCAAACCAGAAGGAAGGCCUCCGUUCUGAAGCUCUCAAGGCCCUUUACUGGACGGACCCAGAAGUGGAUCUCACUAAGGCCCUAGAUCGGACAAGAGCUGGCCGCACGCCAGGAACAUGCGAAUGGGUUUUGAGGAAUGAGGAUUUCAAGGCAUGGCAGGCCGCGGAGGCGCCCCAACUGCUCCUUGUCACGGGAGAGCCUGGGAUCGGCAAGACUGUGCUCGCCACGUUUCUCGUCGAUCAUUUCAAGCCGCAACACGAGACGAAAGACUCAACUUUCGCUUACUUCUUUUGCAUGAAUGCAGAGGCUCGACAAUCGACCGGCCUCGGCAUCCUCCGAGGCUUAUUGCUAUUACUACUGAGGAAACAGCCAGCACUUUGUGAUCAUUUGUUGAACGACUUCGCAGUGAAAGGAGAGAGCCUGUUCGAUAGUAUCGAAUCUCUGUGGCCAGUAUUCGAAGCCGUCAUUACAGAUGGCAUCUUAGGCAAUCUUCUUCUGCAAAUCGACGGCCUGGAUGAGUGCGAAGAGAAUUCUCGCGAUCUUUUGGUGUCCAGGUUUGGUGGCCUUCUGCGAAAAGGGAGCUGCAAAAGAAUGAAGGUCGUCGUUACCAGCCGUGUCAUUCGAACCGCUAACGACCUGGCAAACGAUUUCCCAGGGGCUACACAAAGGAUUAUGAUGGAUGUAGGCAAAGUCAACAUAGACCUACAGCGCUUCAUCGAGUACGAAGUAGAGGACAUAGCGAAGCGUUGCAACUGGGACUCGGAUCUCAAAGCCGAAGUCAACGAGCAGGUCAAGAGUCGGGAUGGUGGGACAUUCGUAUGGGUGUCGCUCGCGCUAAAGACUGUGUCGAAGAAAAGACCUCACCAGGUCAUCCAUGAGCUCUCCCAACUACCGCUAGGCCUUCGGGAUUUGUACGCACGUAUCCUUCACGAAAUACCAUCGGAUGAACGAGACACAGUGUACCGAGUCUUGGUUCUCGUGGUUGCCGCUCGCGCGCCCCUGUCUCUAGAUGAGAUCUCGAUUGCGCUACACUUCUACCCGGGACGCCGUAGGAGGAGGAAGCUACCUACUGGGAAGGAGAUGGAUCAAGGCAAGCAUUGGGUACAGACUUGCGCCAUCCUCCUUCGCAUGAACGAAGAGGAUGGUCGCGUCCGCGUCAAUGUGUUUCAUUUGACGCUAAAGGAGUUCUUGACAGGCCAAUCACUGCCUCCACAUGUCUCAAGUUAUCGCAUCGAUCAAAACCAAGCUGAGCAGACUCUCUUGGAGAUCAGUACAGCAUAUCUCCUCUCUGAAGAGCUGGAUGCUAUUGCAAUUGAUGCUGAGAAAUUAAGGGACAUGGCUUCGGACAGAUUCAAGUAUCGAGAACCCGAAGAAUUGGUGCAUCGUGAGGAAACCAUACCCCGCAAGAAGCCUAUUCGCCUUCUUAAGAACAAGAUACUGCGUGGCCUCAAAGGUCGUCAGAAAGAGAAGGAAGGAAAGGGACAGAGAGAAGAGGCGAAAGAGCAAGAAGAGAAGCAUAGGCCAUUCGAGCUAUGUAAAGCUUGGUCAGAAGUUGAAGAUAGGCAACUCAUACUGCUCGAGUCAGCAUAUCGGUUUCAAGAAGACUGGAACGAGGCCACAGCGAUGAAGCAGAUUCGAAUCAUGAUUCUCAUACCCAAGCAAAGGAAGCAGGCCCGACCUUUGUACCUGAAGGAAAGCCGCCGGCCCAACAGGACCGGGACGCAUUCGAUUUGCUGUUCUAUACAGCGAGGCUGGAUUGCAUUCCUGACGGAUCGUCCCUACUCCAUUCAGCAGCUUCAAUCUGUUGCUCUUAUCUUGUGA